AAAGUAGCAAGACAAAAUACUUCCUGCUCAGUCUAUCAGUGAUAUUUCGAGGCGAUCUUUUAACGAGUAUUUUUAUUGAAAUGUCCGGCAAAAGUAUUCUCUAUAUUCUUUAUCUUUUUGUUGCUGUCUCCUAUGCGGUACCGGCUCAUUACGAUUCAGGUGACAGCGCAGAGGAUGGAAUCGUCUACGUUUUUAAUCUCUAUGCAGUAAGAGACACCAACACGAAAAACGUUGCCAAGAUAUUAAACGGAGAAGCUCUCUUUCAAAUUCCUGCCAAAUUUGAACCAAUAGGAAGUGUACUCCUAGUCGAGGAGGAUGAGAGUGAGCCCUUCACAAUGGAAGAAGUAAGUUCAUUUCUCGAGAUGGUGGGCGUGACAGUGGAGCAGUUGAAUGAUGGAGAUGAACCCAAAGUCAUUGAGAUCAAAAUCGCCGAUGAGUUCGUUGAUUUCAAUGUACUCCCCGACUUUGAAGAAACAGCGAAACGCUUUCAGAAAGAGGGAAUCAUGGUCAGUGUGACACUUGUCAAUGGCACUAUGAAUUUUUCAUUUGAAAGUGAUCCGGCAGUGGAGCAUAUCGAUAGAGACAUGACUCUUCAAGGCAUUGGUGAACUCUUCGAAAUAGAAGGAUAUCAAGUGGAUUACGUUGUUGUUGGAGAUAUGAUAAGAAAAGUUAGCAUAAGGACCUCAUUUUUUGAUGAUGAAAGUAAAGAACUCAUCGAACAUCCGAUGGGGAAAUCAAACGUUGAUAAAAAAUCGGAGAGUAAGGAAAAUAAAAUGGGAAAGGCAGAGGAGAAACCGAAAGCGCGGAAGAAUGAACUUGAUGAACAAUUUCAAAGCCUCGAUUUCACUACCAAGUCCGAGGCUAUGAAUAAGAUCAGGAGGCGAAGAACUGCCUGUCCAGAGUGCAAAGCCAUGGAUUUACUCAAAACGUACAUUCACCAACACGAACGUCGUUGAAGAGUUGGUUUGGGGAGGGGGGAGACGUUUUUUCGUACCAAAAUUUAUGAUUUUUCAACACAUAUGACUAAAUGAAAAUAUGUUAUUUUUGUAUGGAUUUAUCGAUCAAUAAAAGACAUUGGAAUAUUA